CCCGGGGGGUCUGGCUGCUGUUCUUUUUCCCAAAUCAAAAUUCUUCAUCUCGAUCCUAUACCUUUCCUCCUCUCCUCUCCCACUGCUCACUUAUUGCAGCGUGCUCGAUUUCCCACACCCUGCUCUGAGCUCCAUCGUCAGCCUCGUCGACGUCCGUACUGACUUGUCGUAAAGACCCGAACUCUCUACAGAGCUCCUCCUGCACGACGUCCUUUCCGCCAGCGACUUGACUCACCCAAAGCGAUCAUGUCUGCUCCGUCUGAGCGCACGCCUCUGGUCAAUGGCGCUCCAGCUGGAGCUGCGCACCGCCCUGGUAGCCUGGGCACAUUCAGGACCUCACAAGACUCUCAAGCCACCUCCAGCACUGCCUACACCGACGAGGAGAUUCUGGCACAGGAGAGCGCAUUCAGCGCUAUCCGCGAUGCCUCUCAUGGUGUAGACCCAAACUCGUCCGCAUUCAUCCCUCCUCCACCCGACCAAUCGCACUUCUCCAUCCAACACUCAGGACUGCGCUUGCCUGAUGGGCCCGCUUCGGAAGAGGUGCCAGGCCGCAGGCCUGAUUUGUACAUCAUCUUAGGAGCAAUGUGGAUCGGAACAUUUGUAGCGGCAUUGGACGGAACAGUGGUUGCGACGAUCCAAUCUCGCGUAGGAUCCGAAUUCUACGUCAGCAAAGAAGUGGGCUGGCUAGGAACUUCCUACCUCUUGACUCAGACCGCCUUUCAACCCCUGUACGGAAGACUGUCGGACAUCUUUGGAAGAAAGUUCGCCACGCUCUUUGCUUCGGCUGUAUUCGCUGUUGGAACUCUGUUCUGCGGACUGGCUCAGACGUUCCCGCAGCUUUGUGCGGCUCGAGCUAUUGCUGGUGUGGGAGGCGGUGGCCUCACAAGUAUGUCGACUAUCGUUACCAGCGAUCUCAUUGACCUCAAGAACCGAGGAACCUAUCAGGGCAUUGGAAAUCUUGUCUACGCGGCAGGUGCAGCCCUCGGCGGUCCUAUCGGUGGUGCACUUGCUGAUGGAGGUCUCGGGUGGCGUUUCGCAUUCCUCAUGCAAAUUCCUCUCUGCCUGAUACACCUCGGCGUCGUUUCGUGGAAAGUGGACAUCCCGGCUGGUCCAGGAAGCAUGAAGGACAAGUUCAAGCGCAUCGACGUUUGGGGAGCUUUGACACUCGUCAGCAGCAUCACCCUCAUCUUGGUCGGCUUGAGUUUGGGCGGAGCGGAGCGAGAAUGGAGCGAUCGCUUGGUGGUGGGGACGCUUGCUGCUGGCGCAGUUGUUCUCACUGCCUUUAUCCUCGUGGAGAAGUACGUCGCUAGAGAACCUUUGAUGCCCAUGGCGGUGCUAUUCAACCGCACGCCCGGCGCAGUGGCUUUGGCUUGCUGGUUCCUCAGCAUGAGCCAAUUCGGCAUUUUGUUCAACGUCCCGCAGUACUUUACUUCCGUCGAGGGCACGUCCUCCUCCUACGCCGGUCUGCACUUGAUUCCCAACGCCAUCGUGGCCUCAAGUUGCUCCCUCGGAUCCGGUUUGAUCAUGGCUCGAACUGGCAACUACCGUACGAUGAUGCUGGCUGGAGGAAUUUCUGGAGUGGUUGGACCAUUGGCUAUGGUCUUCUGGCAACGCAACGUGACUCCAGAGUGGGCUUACUGGUUGACAAUGCCAUGGGGAGGAGCAGCGUUUGGCAGCAUCCUCACCAUUACCCUCGUAGCUCUCAUCGCCUCCAUCGAUCCAGCACAAAUGGCAGCUGCUACAGGCGUGACGUACCUCUUCCGAGCUACCGGAAGCGUGUUGGGCAUCUCGCUCACCAACGCCAUUCUUCAAAACAACCUCAAGGUCAAUCUUGGCAAAGCUCACUUGCCUCGCAAAAUCAUCGAAGAGAUCAGAGCGGACGUGUCGUACAUUCAGAGACUGCCGCCGAAGCAAAAGGCUCUCGCGGUGGAUGCUAUGCAGCUUUCCUUUAGAAAAGUCUUUAUCUUUAUUGCCGUCACUGGGUUCCUCGCGUUUCUCUCUCUCUUGCCCAUCAAGCAGUACACGCUGCCCGGUAGCCCGGCCAAGAACCCACCUAGCGGCCAGGCUCAACGUCAACAGACGAUCGAGGAGGAGGACGAAGACAUUUGAGCUGGCGAGGAGCCCAGCGUUGCAGCUCUUUGCAAUCCGGCGCCCCCUUCCCUUUCGGCGAAAGUGGCCGGCUUGAGCGCCUACCCUGUGCGCGCUCAAAGCCAACCGACCAUCGUUUCCCCCUCCAUCAUCUCACCAAUCCUCCCCCUUCACUUCCCCCCCCCACACACACACGCACACGUCAAGCAAUGUGUCUCGCAAAGGUGUUUGUUGUGAAUGCACGAGUCUGGAAGUCAAUCGCAUGCAUUUAAUCAGCGGA